UGUUAGAGAUUCCGACUUCCUCUGCAGCACGUGAACGCCACAGGCUCGAUGCUCUUCUUCUGAGGAGGAGGUACUGUUGACAUCAGUCAGGGCAGUGUGUGUCGAGCUUUUGUCUUGGAGAAAUGGCCGGGAUUAAAGCUCUCAUCAGCCUUUCCUUUGGAGGGGCCAUCGGCCUGAUGUUCCUCAUGCUUGGCUGUGCCCUCCCUGUGUACGACAAAUACUGGCCUUUGUUCCUCCUUUUCUUCUACAUCCUCUCCCCCAUCCCUUACUGCAUCUCACGGCGGGUGGUUGAUGACACAGAUUCUGCCAGUAAUGCCUGUAAAGAGCUGGCUAUCUUCCUCACGACAGGCAUCGUCAUCUCUGCCUUCGGCCUACCCAUCAUCUUCGCCAGAGCUGAAGUCAUCGCCUGGGGGGCAUGUGCACUGGUGUUAACGGGUAAUGUAGUCAUCUUUGGGACCAUCUUGGGCUUCUUCCUGGUCUUCGGAUCCAACGACGACUUCAGCUGGCAGCAGUGGUAAAACGACCGAGGGAGGGGACUUUAGUUUGAACUGUUUUUAUUAGCAUUACAAUUAUUAUUAUUAUGGUAUUACUGUUUGGUUGUUGUUGUUGUUAUUUAUAUGAUGACCACCCAUCCAUAGACUUACACCAAACCAGUGCAAUACUUUUUGUUUUUUAUUGCCUGCUUUAUUGAACUGACUCAUGAAAGAAUAGAAAAUGCUGACUUUUAUUUGGAAUAAUUUUUUUCUGUUAAGUUUGAAACUGUUUUGUUGUGAGUUGGUUUAUUUUCAUCUGUAGCUUUCCUUCUAUUUAAAGAGUUGUAAGCAGGUGAGAAACCGUGUGAAAAUAGUCCAGAUGACAGGACAAACCAUGUGUUCAGAGCAGUCCAUUCUUUUUUUUUUCUCAUUAGCAAAAAAUCUGAAAGCUCAGAGGGGCUUUGUGAAUGAAUGAAUCCCCUCAGUUCUUUACCUUUUAGUUACAAAUAUUGUUUCAUGCAAGUUUUACUGGAGUCAAAGACUCAGAGUCAGACAAGCAUCUUCAUCCAGUACCAUUCAUUUCACACAUCUUCGAUGAAAUACAAAAGAGUAGUUAAAGAAAAUAAUGACGGCAUUACAUGUUUAACCUUCAGCUAACAAUACAGAUCCUUGUCAGCUUUGCUCAGGCAGUGUGGCCAACGUUAACUUGUGAAACUUGACAAGAGCAUGAUGUGAAAGCAUCUAGCUUUUUCUGCCACCAGCAAUUACCCCCCCCCCCCCCCCCCACACACACACACACACACACACACAGAUCAAAUUAAAGUGACCUGAGGAUUUCCCAGCAGCCAGGGAUGCAGCCUGUUUAUUCAUCAUUUUAUUCUGCAUCUGAUAGCUCUGACAGAACCGUGUGUGUUAGACAGUCUGCACUGGAAGGUCAAGUCAGCAUGGUAAAGCCUAAAGCAGCCGCCAGCUAAUGUAGGAUUAGCUUCUGGACAGCAGCCCAAGCGACCAUAAGGCCCGGUCUACUUAUAACCAAGUCACCAACAGCUUCAAAUGAGGUGACAACUUCAGGUACUCGUUAAUUAGGUCUCAGAUCCAUAGACAUGCUAACACAUUUUUAACACCAGCAUUUCAACAGGCGUGUUAAAUGUUAGCGUUAAUUUCAGAGAUCCGUUAUGUCCUCUGGUUCUUGUGAAGGUGGCUUCAGAACCCUGCAGGUUCUCUGCUGCAGGCUCUUCAUGUCAAAUGAGCCUUAACUGAGCCUUGCUGAAGAAUGACACAUGGAGAAUUUCCUCAGUUUUUAAUUGCUACUGUCAAAAUCAGUUUAGACGUGUAAUUCAUUUAAUUUAAUUCUUUGUGUUACUUGAAUAACGUUCACAUCCUUUGUUUUGAUCUCAGAGGGUUUUUCUGAUUGUCUGAUUCUCAGUAGAAGUGGUCACACAUUUUGCCCCACAAUCCAUGCCGGCACUCUGCCCACACGCAUCAUGCACUGUACACACCAAGUGGCCAGGGGGCACCAACCAAUCAGGCUUACGAUAAAAAAGACUUCUUUGAGACGCCCCCCGUACCCUCCCCAGCCGUCACACAGCAGAUCUGCUAGCCCCACCCCCUGGAAGUUCUUUUGACAAAAUGUGUGUCAUGGCCAGCACAAGACGCACGUACAACACCUAUGUGUUAGGCAAUUGAACCAAUGUAUAAAGUUUGGUGGUCCAGUGAAUUACUGUAAUUUCCGGACUAUAGAGCGCACCUCAAUAUAAGCAGCACCAGCAAAAAAAAAAAAGGUUUUCUACACACACACGCCGCACUCAGAUACAAGCCGCGGCGCAGCAGCCACAUGCAGGUCUCCGGCGCACAGCGCACGUAUGGCCAUAACAUAAGAUAAUUAGACAGAAAGACGCUACACGGAGGUUUUUCGUUGUUGUUUUAAUUCAACAAAACGAAUUUCAAACACGGGCGAACGUGCCUGCAAGUUUAGAAAAGAAAACAGCACUGAUAGCAUUCAUAUUUCUGGAUGGUUAUAAAAUAAAAACCGAACUGACACGUUAUUACCGGUAAUUUGCACGCAUGUUUAGAAGAAAAGAACAGCGCUGAAACAGCAUUAAUAAGCCCUGAAUGAUUAGAAAAUAAAAACUGCACACAAAACAUGCCUGGUUAGUAAUGAUCUAAACAGUGGAAACACCUCGGCCAUCUGCUCUUUGUGUGUUCACCCAGUCUUCAAGAAUGUUUUCCAUUUCUGGCCAUCUGCUUUUAUUUCCUCUGAAAGCUUUUGUAGUUUUUUUUACAUUGAGUGAUUUCUUCCUGCUGCCGCCUCCAAUGUCGCACCAUUGAUUCAUUUAUGCCAAGCUCCCGUGCAGUGGCUCUGUUUCCUUGUUUGAUGGCCAGAUCGAUCACUUUUAACUUGAAAGCUGCAGCAUAUGCAUUCCUCCGCGUGUUUUCCAUGACGAGGGUGUGUCUGAUGUGUAAACGUGCCGCUUUAAAUCAAAGAGCGUCUUCUUCCGUGCAUAACGUUUUGCCGUGCCUUUCUCACUUUACUGCUGGAGAGUGCCUCUAGUGGUUGUUGGCCGACAAAAAUCUACACAUGAGCCGCAUCUACACAUGAGCCGCACCAUGAUAUUGGCCGCAGGCUUCAAAGCACAGGGAAAUAAUAGCGGCUUGUAGGCCGGAAAUUACGGUAAUCAUCUGCCUUUCACUCUGUUUUGCCUUGUCCUGACACUGGUUUGAGUCCCUGUGUCAGCAGUAAUAUAUUUUCUUCCUUUUUAGUUUUACUUCUUGAUCAUUUUACAUUUUAUUGGUAAACUGUUUAAAAUCUCAGGACUAAUCUUUUUUUAAAACUUUCGUGAUUUACUUACCCAGCUGCAAGGAUGCAAAGAUUUUCUGCGACAUAUUUUGUAUCUCUAAAGAUCUUUGAAUGUGGUCAUUUCCAAGCAGCAUUUCGUUGCAAUGCUCCACAUGGGACACACAAGUCCCAAUGUUCUACUCUGUUCACCUCACAUGGACUCACACAGGCUUCACCUGGCUAAAUAAACAAAGAAAGUAAAAAAACAUAAUAGUCCUAAAAGUUUAAAUAGUUUACCAAUAAAGGGUUUAAAAUGUAAUACUGGCAAGAAGUGUAGAUAAAAAUGAAAAAAAAAAAAAAAAAUUAGUGCUGACACACGAGCCUGAACCGGCGUCAGGACAUAGUAAAACAGAAUGAGGGGCAGAUACGGUAUCCACUAACCCACUAUUACAGGAGAGAGAUUGAUCAAGUCUUGUGCUGGCCAUUCUUGUGGACAUCUUUUACGGGUAGUAUUUUGUCCCCACAGUCAUUGGUUCAUUUUCAUAUUUUAAUCACAUGGUUUCUUACAACAAACAUCUUAACAGAGACUUAGAAUAUAACGAAACAGGAUAUCUUGCACCAUGUUGAUAGUAGAAAUAAUUACGUUUUUUAUUUAACAGACAAACAAAUGUAAAAUGAUUUUAUGCAGCAAUUUUUUUCUUUAGCUAGAAAUAUUUUUGAACAUAAUUGUCAACUGCACAUUUGAUAUAGCCUUUGUUUUCAGGUUAUUCUGAGAGGUGACAGAUUAAAUGUUUUGACUGUUCCAAAGGUCACAGAGGUCCAAAUCAGUAUUUCAAUACCAUGUUUUUAUUUGAACUACAGAGGUUGAAACAGGUUAAUAAAUUACACUUUUUAAAUCAAAUAUAUUAAUGUUAAUUUAACGUCACAAAGCUCUGUUUGAUUUCUGUUAGAAGCUUUUACUGAUGUGUGAGUGAUCUGAUGAGCUGUAUGGGUUAGCAGGGUAACCUCACUGUGUUACAGAGGUGUGAACAUCUGUUUGAAUCUUAAGCUAAAUUUGUCCCAUUUGCUGUUUUUCUAGUUUUUCAUUAAACACCGCUAAUGUGACAGUCUGGUGUAGCUGUCGGAUGGGUUUCUGUUGUAUUCCUACUGACGGGGAGAGGAUUUUGUAUUUAUUUAUUUUGUGGGACACUUUGUGUCAGUGUUCAAUGUCAUUUUCUAUUUCAACGUUUGCGAUGAAGGAACUAAGAUCAGUAUGGUGGUUUCUUUUUCUUUCUUUUCUGUUUUUUAAUAAAUGCCAUUUUUGAACAUCC